UAGCCUAGUCUAUAGUGAGAUUAGCACGGGUGGGGUAGGCUACACAGUGACAGCGCACACACCCCAUAGAUGUGGGUGGUUAUUAGGCGCAAAUUAGGAAGGAGCAGGACUCGAGAAAAUCUCGGUUGCAAUUCCAUUAGGACAAAUUACUUCAUUGCUCUCGAGAAUAAACUGAGUAUACCACGAGCGAACCCAUUCUGGCUCCCGCUCCCUGGACAACCUCCUUUCCAGACUCGCGCCAUCCGUCCUCUUCGAAUACCUGCACAGCAGCCUGUUACCGUUCGUACGGAUGGAUCCCGCUGUUCUCAUCUUCCUGCUGUAUAUGAUGAUCGCUCAUGAGCUGGUCUGCGGCUGGUUGCAGUACCGGAGGCAAGCUGCCAAGCCCCGCAAACGAGCCGGGCCGAUGUGGAGUACCAGUGCCCGAGUUUGCCCUAGCAGCUGGCGGGUCAGUAGCCAGCCUUGCAGGACAGAGAGAGGACGAGACUGGAGGAGGGCUGCUGGGAAAAGUGGGCGACGAAUUGUCAGAAAGGCCUGAGCUGGAGAGAGCAUCUGUUGAGCAGAACUUCAGACAAUUCCACAACCCCAGAGUGGAUUGUUGGACUGAAAGACCUCUUCUUGUCUUGAACUUGGAACUUUGACAGGUUUGAAGAGCUUGAUCUGCUGCAGCAUCUCUUUGCUGUGAUUGAGCAGCACAUUGCCCAUGGGGAUUUGGUCAACACAGCUAUGAGUCUAAACUCCGGAGAGCAGUACAACAUGAGGAAAUGUCUGUGGAUGUGUGGGAAUUUUGUCUAUUUAUUUGUUAAUCUAUAUGGUCAUAGUCCUAUGUUAUCAUGUUAUUUUGUGAUGUUUGUAUUCAAAAUCAGCUGUUAGCCUCCCUCCAGGAUCUGUCUUUUAGACCACACUUCCAAAAGAAUGCUAUAUAUUCCAUCAGAUCCAUCCAGGAAUUGUAAGUGUCCUUUUCAUUUAGACACUUAAUUCUUUCUCAAAGAGAAAAAUACACGUUUGUCAUGUUUCCCACCAAUGUAGAGACCACCAGGUGUGUUUACUGUGGAUGUGGCUCUAAUAACGUUUGUAUUAACACACACUUCUGAAAUGAACCGUUGAAAGACUGUCUGUGAUGGAGCAGCCAGUAUACUGAACAAAAUAAUAAUGCAACAUGCAACAAUUUCAGAGACUUUACUGAGUUGCACUUCAUUUAAGGAAAUCAGCCUAUUGAAAUAAAUUAAUUAGGCCCUAGUCUAUAGAUUUGACUGGGAAUACAGAUAUGCAUAUUUUGGUCAGAGAUACCUUUUUUUCUUUAAGGUAGGGGUGUGAAUCAGAAAACCAGUCAGUAUCUGGUGUGACCACCAUUUGCCUCAUGCAGCGUGACACAUCUCCUUCUCAGUGAGUUGAUUGUGGCCUGUGGAAUGUUGUCCCUCUCCUAUUCAAUGGCUGUGUGAAGUUGCUGGAUAUUGGUGGGAACAGGAACACGCUAUUGUACAUGUCGAUCCAGAGCAUCCCAAACAUGCUCAAUUGGUGACAUGUCUGGUGAGUAUGCAGGCCAUAGAAGAACUGGGACAUUUUCAGCUUCCAGGAAUUGUGUACAGAUUCUUGUGACAUGGUGCUAUGCAUUAUCAUGCUGAAACAUGAGGUGAUGGCAGCAGAUGAAUGGCACAACAAUGGGCUUCAGGAUCUCAAUAUGGUAUCUCUGUGCAUUCAAAUUGCCAUCGAUAAAAUGCAAUUGUUUUUGUUUUCCAUAGCUUAUCCCUGCCCAUACCAUAACCUCACCGCCACCAUGGGGCACUGUUCAAGAACAUUGACAUCAGCAAACCGCUCACCCACAUGAUGCCAUACACGUGGUCUGCGAUUGAGGCCAGUUGGACGUACUGCCAAACUCUCUAAAAUGAUAUUGGAAGCCAGAUUAUGGUAUAGAAAUGAACAUGACAUUUUCUGGCAAUAGCACUGUUGGACACUCAUGCAGUUAGCAUGCCAAUUGCGCUAUCCCUAAAAACUUGAGACAUCUGUGGCAUUGUGUUGUGUGACAAAACUGCACAUUUUAGAGUAGCCCAUUAUUGUCCACAGCACAAGGUGCACCUGUGUAAUGAUCAUGCUGUUUUAUAAGCUUCUUGAUAUGCCUCACCUGUCAGGUGGAUGGAUUAUCUUGCCAAAUGAGAAAUAUUCACUAGCAGGGAUUUAAACACAUUUGUGCACAACAUUUGAAAGAAAUCUUUUUUUUGUGUGUAUGGAACAUUUCUAGGAUAUUUUAUUUCAGCUCAUGAAACAUGGGACCAACACUUUACAUGUUGCGUUAAUAUUUUUGUUCAGUAUAUAUCAAAUAUGUUGUGUAAGAGCACAAUAUUGGACUGUGGUAUCGAAUACAAAAGAAUAAGAGACUUGAUUGGAGAGAAUGUUACAUGUCAAUUUUGGUAAUGUCCUGCAAAACAUAGGUUUCCCUUUGAAACACCAUUGCAUUAGAACUUUAUUUGCAUCUUUUUCUUUUGGAGGAAGGAUUCAGUGGCUUCAUACCUACUUUUCAAAAGAUGACUCAUCCAGUUUAGGCUUACAUAGCACCUCUCCCAAUCUCAGUAUAUUAUCUGAUUAUACACGAGAGAGACACCCGAUCUCUCCCUCCUGUAGUCAUUGACUUUGUCAGCAGACGUUGAGCAUUGUGCCACAUCAGACUCAGAAAUACCCACCCCUUCUGUCCUGUGGUCAGUUCUCCAAUGUCAGAUCAGUAGUCCGUGUCAUUAGAAGACCUUGUCAGUCUCAGGAAAGCCAGCCUAGUGGAAAGUAGGUGCGUUUCAUAAGGAGCCGUCCUCCGUACUGGCCUGUAAUGUGUGCUCUUGUGCACUGAGCUGCUUACAAUGCAUGGAUCACUAAACAGCGCUAGUCCUCUCUCAGCAGAUGGCCCGCCUGCGAUAGCACAGGUGGGUGCUCAUGUUUUAUUUUUCAUGGGAAGGAAGCAUUUGGCUGCCGCAGUCUUCCUGGUUCAAAGGUCCAUGCUUGUCGAAAUCUGGUUGUAUUUUUGUAAGAGGGUUUUGUGUUCAUUUAGGGGUUAACGUGUGGGAUGUCAACAAAUGAAACAGAAUUUGAAAUUGUUGUUGGUGUUUGCAUAUAGGAUCACAUUGUGAAUUUGAGUUGGUCAGUGCUUUUGCAUCUCUUCAGCUUAUUUUUUCACAGAUGUGGACCUGUGAAACACUAAAGGAUGUUGUCAACUCAAAGUUAAAUGUACAUCAUAAGACUUACAUAGUUGACAACUUGUCAAAGCCAGAUGUAGGUUACGGAAACCUUUUUAGAAACAAGUUUAAGGUGUUUUAAUGUUAAUUAAAAUGUUUGUAAUUAGUUAUACGGUAAGACAAUGAACUUCAAAGCAGUUUAACUAGUUGGUUGAUAGCUCAGCUGUCAGUGAUGAGAGGACAUGUGAGCCUCUCUCUUCCAUGUCACAACAAGCUAAUUUCCAUAACCUGUGUAAAAACUCUAAAUGGGUUUAGACGUCUCAAUCGACUUGGAUGAUCUGAGGCUGACAGGAAGAGAGACCAGAGCCCUGCUUCAGUAGAAUCAACUCUCCUCACGUCACCCAUAAAACAGCAAGUGAAGAAGUUGGAAGUUUGGUUGAUGUAAAAGAAAGUGAAACGCCUCGCCCACUGGGCACACACUGGUUAAUUCAACGUUGUUUCCACGUCAUUUAAUUGAAAUUACAUUGAACUAAUGUGGAUUGGCUGUUGAACUGAUGUCUGCGCCCAGUGGGAGGACAUGCUUUACAUGAAUUUAAUGUGUGCACAACCAGCUAAACUUACCAGCUGUCAGGUAGAGCAAAUUGUUCAAUAUAAACAAAAUAAAACUCACAAAUAUCGUUGUGUGCUCACAAAUGAUACAUUUUGUUAGAGGUUUUUUGAUUAAGACCAAUUGACAAAAGAUUGUCCUAGAAAAACAUGAUAUUUGGGAGAAUACAACAGUGUGCAGGCUUAUUUUGUAUACGUUUUCUUUCUACACUGUAUGUCUACACUGUAACGGAGAACUGUAAAUUAUAUAGUAAUUUGGUGUAUUAUCAUCAGUAAAAUACUCUGCAGCAUACUGUAAAUUAUGGUGCAUUGUGGGAAAAUAUGGGCAGGGAAAGAAUUGCUGUAUUACGAAUGGUACUGUAAAUCCAUCUGACAGAAUACAGUACCGUACCAUACCUUUUAGAGCGCCAAAAACCUCUUGACCACUAGUGGGUGCAUGGUAUUGUGGUUUCUGGUUCAUUAUCAUAUUUUUGCGUUUGCCCUGGAAGAGGUUGUAUUUGUUGCAACCAUGAGUGAGAAUCCUGUAACAAUUUAACUCCUAUGUGGUUACAAUGCCCCAUCAAUUUGUAUAGGGUACAGAUCGGAGUGGCAGCAAGUCUUUAACCUUACAUGGUUGAACAUUUUGCCAUAUUCUUUGGUCUGUUUUGUCCUGUAGUCGCUGCCAGCUUGGAAGCCGUUGUUAAGGCCUGUAGAACUGUAAGUGAUAUAAAACACCAAAUAUUCUUGGAUAUACUGUUAUGUGUAAACACUUUACAUAGCAGCCAACCUACUAGCACCAAUACCUUGUAAUUACAGUAAAAUACUGUGAAAUACAAACCCCUACACUCAAUUAAUUUCAUUCAUCCAUUAAUUCAUUCCGAUUCUGAUAGCGUUGACUUUUUUACAGUAUAAUAGUUAUUUUUAUAGUAUUUUGUGUCAUUACUUGCUUUGAUACCGUAUUUAUAUUACAGUAAGUGUUCUUUAAUAUGAAAUACAUAAUUUUACUUGCCACAGAGCUGCCUGUAAGCCACUGUAAAAUUCACAGUAACCCUUUAUAGCGGAUCCAUCACAGCAUUCAGAUUCUGAAUGUUUUGUUUGUUUCUAGAGGGGUCGUGAAUUUAGGCUUUUUCUUGUUGUUUGAUUAUGCUCCUGACAAUCCCCCAUUUGGCUUUAGUGGUUUGUUUACACAGAGGUAGAGGUGUAUUGUUGACCUAUAGUCUUACUGUUGUUUAGCCAAUGCUGUUUUCAGACAAACACAAAGACCUGUAUGGUUGAAAUGCUGCUGAAAGCAACAGAAAUCCACCCGGAUUUGGGUGGAUCAAAGGAUUUGUCCCAUCAAAAGAUUGGGAUCUAAAUACAUUUUGUGAAAUAAAAAUGUGUUAAAUUCUAAUUUGCAUAGAGUACAAGGGAAUGGAAUGGAACAUGAAUAACGAUACAAAAUAUGGUCUUGUGCAACACCUGAUGACACUGUCUGAUGAAACAACCGUGAGGAAUUACCUGCUGAACUAUGUGUCACUAUACAGCAAGUGUUCUCAAGUAUCUGUUUCUCUGUCAUUUUAAUCCCCUUAGACUCUAAGCCAUGGCAUCUGUGUCAGUCAGCUCUCAUCUAAACAAGGCCAUCUAUCAGCACUACCUGUCCCUCCCUCAGGGGACCUGUGCCACGUUAUCUACAUCUGGAUCGAUGGCUCCGGGGAGGGGCUGAGGAACAAGACUCGUAACCUGCACAAAGAGCGCUGGGAAUAGAAGAGUGUAACAUACUUUCAGGCUGUAAGAAGGUGAAGGACUAUACCCCCUAGUUUUGAACGGAGCAGGAGUCCACUCUCCUAGGGAUGGAUGGUCACCCUUAUGGCUGGCCCCAAAAUGGAUUCCCAGGUCCCCAAGGUCCACACUACUGUGGGGUUGGUGCAGACAAUAUCUAUGGCAGGGACAUUGUGGAGUGUCACGACAAGGUCUUUCAGGAUGGUUCUAAAGGGGAACUGGAGCGGCGCGGGCUGCCACACCGAAGUUAGCACAAAGGAGAUAAGUGAAGAAGGGUGGCUGCAACAUAUUGAGCAGGCCAUUGAGAAGCUGAGCAAGCAACACGCCGAGCACAUCCGUGUGUAUGACCCUUGCGGAGGCCAGGACAACAUCAGAUGCCUCACAGGAUUCCAUGAAACCUCCAUCACCCGCGACUUCUAUGCCAGGGUGGUCAACCGCGGGGCCAGCAUCUGGAUCCCACGCUAGGUGGGCCAAGACGAGAAGGACUACAUUGAAGACUGUCGGCCCUCCGCCAGCUGUGACCCUUAUGCCAUGAUGGCAUCACAAGCACCUGCCUGCUCGGGUGGAGGAGGAAGAGGAGAGUACAUGAGAGAGUGACCAGACUCAUACAGUAUGGUACUGUAGCUGCUGGUUCGGUCAAACCGGCCCGUUACAUGAUUGUAGGAGAGAACUAUAUUGUAGCCAAAGCAAUCUGUAGUGAUGUUUUUUGUUGUGCUGACUUUGAAGAGUCAUUACUUGAAUGUAGGUUGAAUGUUUAUGGUCAAUUAUAGUUUUACAUCCUUCAGAUUACAGCUGGUCCAAUUGGCAUAUUAUUCAGUUUGUCUGAAAUUGAGAUUAAAUAAAGAGGUGCAGAAUUGAAUGAUUCGCGUGCUCUUUAAAAUGACCACUAGGUGGAAUCAUGAUGCAAGUUUUGAUUGUCACCCCUCAUACUGGACAUGAA